AUGAAGACCUACACCAACGCUGGCCUCACACAAGCUGUGGAGUCGGGCACUGAAGUCCGGUUGAACCAGAAGGUCUGGGUGGAGCUGGACACUGAGGGGCUGGAGGGCGGGUUAUUUUCUGUGGUGACCGACACCUGCUGGGCAACUGAUCAGGAAUCACCCAGUGCGAGUCCGAGAUACGACCUGAUCAUAGAUGGCUGUGCGAACCCUGCUGACCAGACGGUGGAGGUGCAGGGAAACGGAAUGGGACCAUCCACCUCCUUCUCCUUCAACAUGUUCCAGUUCCCUGGGAGCUCUGGUGACAUUUACCUGCACUGCCAAGUCCACCUGUGUGCCCACGACAUAGAGACCUGUACCCCGACUUGUAAUGGAGGUUAUCGGAGACGCAGAUCUGCCAGCUUGGAAUAUGUAGACGAAGCACUAUGGCCUGGACUGAUUAGGCUGUCAAACGGUGACUCCAACUGACCGACAGGCUGUUGGCGCACACAAGGGUAUCUGACUUUUGAUUCAUCCUGAUCCAAAGUCUGGCUGCAAGAAUCCUUUGGUUUUAGAAAGACGUCUUCUGAAGUGACAGAUCAGGUCUGACUGCUGUGAAGUCAUGCUAGCUCACAACAUAAUAAGUACACUUCUGCUGUCCUUCCUGGUGUGAUUGGGUUGAUUGAGUCCAGAUUCCCCACGUGGUAAAACUGUUUUCUGCUGGAUCUGCGAGGUACCACAGCAUGUUAGCAUCUGUUAUUUGUCUGAGCUAGUUUUUGAUGGAGCAUUUCCCCAUUUUGCCCACAUUAGACUACAAUGUCCAGUUUCAGCUUAACUGAUGGAUCUGAAUGAAGUUGUGAGAUGGUUCACCACCUCACACACACAGGGUCAUUCCUUUAUUCAAGCCCAGUGAUAGUUUACGGCAUAUUUUUUGCAACUGGAAAACAAUAUAAAAUAAUGUAAAAACACUGUCAAAAAAUUAUAAUUAUUACAUUACUGUUAUCUCAGCCAAAAACAUUAAUAAAACUGGUAUGUGGAACGAUCAAAAUCAUGAGUGUGUUUCAGUUUAAUUUUUCCACUUUUUUAUUAUUCUGAUUAUUUGGCGUAAUGCUUGAUGAUGCAGUUACAGCCUGAUUUGCAUUUACUGAUCACAUUUAUUUUUUUCUACCUGAAACCACACCACAGUAAACGUGAAUUCAGUCUAGAGUCUGCAUGUCCUGAAGAACUGCGUAUGAAUGCUGUCAGCUGUCAUAGGACUUGGAUGCUUUGCCUCACCUUCACAUUUUUCCAUUGUGUGUCUCACUGAGACUUGAUUAAGUC